UCUUGGUACGUAAGCUUAAAGGUACUGUAAAUAGCAAUGGGUUUGGGCUACAAUACGUGUUAUGUGUACUCUCACAUGUGGUGAACUUUGGUUUACAUAGAUAGGAAUAAACGUUGACAUGAUCAAUGGGAUGUCAUUUGUGGAUAUAUAGUAUUAUCUUAGGGUACGGUUGCAUUGAUGAUCAGGAAGAAUCUUGUUUGACUGUGUAUCUAAAGAGUUAGCAGAGGUUAUGAACUUUGUUUGACUGUGUAUGUAAGACUCAGACAUUGAAGGCUUUUUAGGGUUGCUAUUUUAUUCAUCGGCCAAUUAAUGUGACACACACUAACUUAAGAGAAUCGAUAGAACAAAAAACAAAUAAUGUCAAAGAAUUAAUUUCUUAUAACCAUUAAGAUUAGGUGAAUCCGAAUUUUGGAUAUAGUCGGUCCAAAAUUCUUUUUUCAUCAUUUGUUAUGUUGUUGCUAUAACCAAUUUGUAUCCCACUUGCUUUUCCUAUUCAUUUGCUCAUCUUCCCUACCCUCUUACACGGGAUUACUUCUGAUUUUAUGUUUUCUUCUUAUUACUUUAUUAUUGUUUAGUACUCUUUUUUUUUUUGUAACACAUUUAGUACUCUUUUUAACACCGAAAGUUGUAUCUUUGGUUGUUUUUGUCCACUAAAAUCCCACCGCACAAAUAUACGGUCGAUGUAAUUAACGUUAAGUUUCUUUUUCCACUCUUUUUCUUCUUUUUCUAAAGUUAUGAUUUCAUAUUUGUGUCGAUAAUGCAAAGAGAUUACCGCAAUCGAAGAUAAAAACUUUAAUAAUAAGGGUCUAAACAUUUUUAAAUUAUAGCUACAGUUACCUUCUGGCUAGAUAGCCUAUACAUGCUACAAGAGAGCUGGGUGAAAAUAUGAAUAAUAAAUACACAAAGUUGGUGUGAGAUUAGUCAAAAGUACGCCUGUUGCUAUAUUUUGGAAGGUCCUACUUCGACAUAAAGUCAAAAUCAAUCAAAUUGCUAUAUUUUGAGGAGCAAAAAGUAUACUACUAUACCUUGCUUUAUUUCAAAUGAUAUACUGAAAUAAUUGUUGCUGCAGAUCUCUAUGUCUUAUAAAUAGUGGAUAUCGCUUCUCCAAGCAAAAAAAUUAAGUCAGUAGUCUUAAAAAUACAAUUGCAUAAGAAAGAUUAUACAUGACAUGACUAAUUUAAACUAGACAUAUAAACAUGAACAAGAUAAUGAGAACAUGUUGAAUUUCUACAGUUUUCACAUCCAUGUAAAAUACAAAGUGUUUAUUUUCGAGGUCAAAGUGUUAAUUGCAAGGUUUGUAUAAGUGAUCGCCUCUUUUUGGUCAAGAUGAUUAAGUCUCUAUAUUUUGUUUUGUUUACUUUAAAAUCUUUAGUUAAGAGCUAUGCAGUGAUAGUUAUGUGAUGUGAGACCCACAACUCAAAUUGUUUAUGCUAUUCUAAGCGGCAAAUAAUUUAUGCUUAUGUAGAAGUUCAAGAAAGAAAGGAAACUAAUGAAAAAGUCCUCAUUGUGACUGAAUAAAGUUAAAAAAGAAAGAACCAGGGAAUAUAAGAAUCAAAAGUGUGAGGAAAAACCAUCAUUACAAGCAUCACUCACUAGAAGCAGCCCACAUUACAUUUUGCAUUGCCCACAAAACCUAAAUCCCAAACAAAUCAUUACCCUCUCUCUCUCUCUCUCUCUCCCCCCCAACUCCCCAGCAAUCAACUCCAUAAACCCAAAUUACUAACACACAGCUUCUCUCUAUAUAUAUAGUUGAUAAGAAGUAUUUGGAGACAUAAGACUGGAAGAUUUAGAGCUUUAAUAGAGAAGAAGAGUUACGGUUGUGUUUUUUGUAAUGGGAAAAGGCUUCAGAAUAGUAACAAGUCUUCUUCUUCUCUUCUUCGUCUUCCCAGGUGCAAAAGCUAGUACUCAACCAAUAGAAGAAGAAAAGGACAUAACCACACCUUUAGCCACAAAUCCAACAACCAGCGAACCAACUGUUGUCCCUAAUUCUGAUUCUGACGCUUCUGCUGUCGUCACAACGCCACUAACGGUUCCAACGCCACCACGCGUUGCAGCCCACCCAGGUGAAAGUUGGUGUGUUGCGAGAGAGAACGCUCCAAAAAUAGCGUUACAAGCUGCUUUGGACUAUGCGUGCGGGAUCGGUGGAGCAGACUGUUCAGAGAUCCAAGAAGGAGGAAAGUGUUAUAAUCCAAACUCGUUGAUAGCACAUGCAUCUUUUGCAUUUAACAGUUAUUACCAGAAGAAUCCAAUCCCUAGUAGUUGCAACUUUGGUGGAAGUGCUGUCACUAUCAGUGGUGACCCAAGUGUAGGAUCAUGCCACUUUCCGUCUACAAGCACGAAUGAAUCGACAUUGAACGUAAGUGAGGAUGGAUUAGGGCUUUUUGGGAGAAUACCAUCGCACCCGACUCCCAAGCCCGAAGCUUCAAGCUCCUCUUCCAGAACUUUCUCACAUCUCUACUUCCAUUCUCAUCUUCUUUGCUUUUUGUUUUUAUAUCAUGUUCCCGUGGUGGUAUUAGGUUAGUUAUGUAAUAUAUAUAUAUCGAAAUUUAAGCUAGUUUUUAAUUCAGUUCCAAACCUAAUCGUUAAUAUAUCAUAGUAUAUUAUACACAAUAUUUAUAAAUACAUUGUACCAUACAAACAGUAUUCUGGUAGUUAAGUGACAAUUUCACCUUUUUUUUUUUCUAAAUGGAUUUUAUUAUAAUGGAGAGUUUUAUUUAAAUACUGUGACCUGAUUGGUCUGUGGAUACAAGGAGGUCUCGGCUUGCCACGGUGCUGCUGCUCGAUGCUCCAUCAGAAGCAUUAGUAACAGCUCCAACGUGCUUGGACGAAACUUCAGUCCGCUUCUCUUCAAAAACAUGAAGCAAAGAUUUAGCUCCUUCUAUACCUCUUGAAGGAGCAUUUUCCACUGCAUUUCUUGCCUAAACCACACAACACUAUCGUAUUACAAUAUGUUGUUUUUUUUUCGGGACAAACAAACAUGUAAAAAGAGUGACCAAGAACCAACCUGCGUAGACCCAUCAAACACUAUCUCUGGUAUUGUUGCGAGUCUUAACCGUUUCGGUGGAGGCUGCAACGGUUUUCUAAGAAUCAGUUAGAGAGGCACCGACGGAUUCUGCAAUGGAUGUAACCGAUUCUUUGGCUUCGUUAAGAGCAGAAGUGGCCUUCUCCAAGAAAGAUACCAAUUUGGAAUAUUUAUCAGAGAGAAACAGAGACAUAUAGUUUUGGAAUGUGUAAUGACGAGAGCUGUUAGAGAGGGCUGUUUCAACUCAACUAUUGAGAAUCUACUACACAUGACUUCCUUUAUCAACUAUUGAUUUCACUUUACUACAAAUUUAGUAGCAUCAUUCAUUUCGUUUCGCUGGAUAUAUAUAUUUAAACUUCUGAUGCAUUUGUCUCUACGAAUACGAUAUAUCUCUUGGGAAAUCCAACUCUAUCCUCACCGAUUAUUGAGAGCAUAGAGCACCUCUUCGUUGCAAGUGCAUUCAGCCAAGUCAUCUAGUCAAGAUUGUCUUUGAAACCUUUGUUUCUCAAGUUAGUGUCUUAUGCACCGCCAGACCUGAAAUUUAUGAAACCAUAAACAUGUGAAGGUGAUUUUUAACAAAAAUGUUAUUUUUAAUAAUUUUUAAAGGCACCCACUUGCGUGAGGCAUCUAAGAUUCAGUUAGCCUCUCAGAACUUUGGUCUCAUUAUGUACUACAUGAGAGUAAUUCAGAUUAUCUAUAACAUAAACAGAUAAACUGAGUUAUAGUGUUUUACCAAAAAAAAAAAAAAA